AUGGUCAAGGCUGUUGCUGUUAUCCGUGGUGACUCGCAGAUCGCCGGUACUGUCACCUUCGAGCAGACCGCCGAGUCCGCCCCCACCACCAUCACCUGGAACAUUACCGGCCACGACGCCAACGCUGAGCGUGGUUUCCACAUCCACCAGUUCGGUGACAACACCAACGGCUGCACUUCCGCCGGUCCCCACUUCAACCCCCACGGCAAGACCCACGGUGCUCCCUCCGAUGAGGACCGCCACGUUGGUGACCUCGGUAACUUCAAGACCGAUGCUGAGGGUAACGCCAAUGGCUCCGUUCAGGACAAGCUUGUCAAGCUGAUCGGUGCUGAGAGCGUUCUGGGCCGCACUCUGGUUGUCCACGCCGGCACUGACGACCUUGGCAAGGGUGGCAACGAGGAGUCCAAGAAGACUGGUAACGCUGGACCCCGCCCUGCUUGCGAUCAGGUAGUGGUGUUCUUCCCCACCAUGCCUUUCGAAGCUCGCGUCAAGUCUGUCCUAUCGGGCGAUACAGUUGUUCUGGAACAUGUCACCAACCCUGCACACGACCGCAUCCUGAGCUUAGCAUAUGUAUCAGCUCCCAGAUUGAGACGAGAGGGUGAUGAGGCAUUCGGCUUCCAAUCACGCGAAUUCCUCCGUGAACUCCUUGUCGGCAAGGUGAUUCAAUUCCAAGUCGUGUACACCAUCCCCACCGGUGCCAAGCGCGAAUAUGGUAUCAUUAGACUACCUGGCUUCAACGCCCAGUUGCCUGAUAUCUGUGUGCAAGAGGGUUGGGCCCGGGUCCGGGAGGAGGCAGGCAAGCGCAGUGAUGACUCUCCGGAAACUGUCGAGCUGUUGGGUCGGCUGCGUGCCCUGGAGUCUUUGGCUCAGGGUGAAGGAAAAGGUGUUUGGGCUACUUCAGACGACGGCCUGAUUGAGACAAACAAUGAGCUUUGGAGCAGUGCAGCUCUCAUUGAGAAAUUCAAGGGUGUGCAGAUGGAGGGUAUCAUUGAGAAGGUCCUGAAUGGUGACCGUCUGGUGAUCCGUUUGCUGCUGUCGCCAAAGGAACACGCACAGACUGUGGUUGCUGUGGCUGGUAUCCGGGCCCCUUCUGCAAAGCGCACAAACGCCGAUGGCAAGGAGCAGGCUGCCGAACCGUUCGGUGAUGAGGCACAACAGUUUGUCGAGUCUCGGUUGUUGCAGCGCAAGGUGAAGGUUUCAUUGCUAGGAGUCACACCCCAGGGCCAACUUGUGGCUACCGUUCUCCACCCCAACGGAAAUAUCGCUCGAUUCCUUCUUGAAGAGGGUCUUGCACGUUGUCAGGAUCACCACUCUACACUUCUUGGUGCCGAUAUGGCCCUUCUCCGUCAGGCUGAGAACACUGCCAAGGAUGCUCGCAAGGGUAUCUUCACUGGCCACGUUGGAUCUAAGGCCACCGGUGCCCCUUCCGCUGAAUACACCGUUACCCGUGUGUUGAAUGCUGAUACUAUUUUCAUUCGCAACAAGGCUGGCCAGGAGAAGAAAAUCAGUCUCACUAGCAUUCGCCAACCUAAGCCCUCUGAUCCUAACCAGGCUCUGUUCGCGGCCAAUGCUAAGGAGUUCCUGCGCAAGCGCGUCAUUGCUAAGAAUGUCAAGGUCACCGUCAACGGCAAGAAGCCCGCCACCGAGGGCUAUGAAGAACGUGAGGUUGCUACUGUUGUCCAGGGCAACACCAACAUUGGUCUGGCCCUCGUUGAGGCUGGUUACGCUUCAGUGAUUCGCCACCGGAUGGACGACGAUGAUCGUUCACCCGACUACGAUGCUCUCCUUGCCGCUGAGGCGGAAGCGCAAAAGGAUGGCCGCGGUAUGUGGUCCCCCAAGCCACCCAAGUCGAAGCAAUAUGUGGACUACUCCGAGAAUGUCCAAAAGGCCAAGCUUGAGGUUGGUGUGCUGCAACGUUCUAAGCGGAUCCCCGCUGUUGUCGACUUUGUCAAGUCAGGCUCCCGCUUCACUGUAUUGAUUCCUCGUGAGAAUGCCAAGUUGACUCUUGUUCUUUCCGGCAUUCGUGCCCCUCGAUCUGCGCGUGGGCCGAACGAAGCUGGUGAGCCAUUCGGUCAGGAAGCCCACGACUUGGCCAACCGCCGCUGCAUGCAGCGUGACGUUGAGAUUGACGUUGAGACCAUAGAUAAGGUCGGUGGGUUCAUUGGUACUCUUUAUGUUAACAAGGAGAACUUCACCAAGGUUCUGCUGGAGGAGGGUCUUGCUACCGUGCACGCAUACUCAGUCGAGCAGACUGGUCACGCCACCGAGUACUAUGCUGCUGAGGAGCGCGCCAAGAACGCCCGCAAGGGUCUGUGGCAGAACUAUGACCCAGCCAAGGAGGCUGCUGAGGCCGAAGCCGCCGCGGAGGCUGCCAACGCCACUAGCACUGACAGCGAGGCCAUUACUCAGCGUCGUAGGGACUACCGUGAUGUUAUGGUCACCUACAUUGACCCCGAGACUGGUCGUCUGAAGCUGCAGCAGAUUGGCAAUGGCACAAGUGCGCUGACCGAGCUGAUGUCCGCCUUCCGGUCCUUCCACAUCAACAAGGCCAACGACACCCCUCUGCCGGGUCCCCCUAAGGCUGGCGACUGGGUCGCCGCUCAAUUCAGCGAGGACAACAACUGGUACCGCGGCAAGGUGCGCCGCAAUGACCGCGAGAAGCAGACCGCCGAAGUUCUCUACGUUGACUUUGGAAACUCUGAGACCAUCCCCUGGUCUAACCUACGCCCUCUUACUCAGCCCCAAUUCUCGGCCCAGAAGCUCCGCCCCCAGGCUGUCGAUGCUGUCCUCUCCUUCUGCCAAUUCCCCACUUCCCCCGAAUACCUUCAGGACGCCGUGGACUUUAUCAGUGACCAGGCCUUCGACCGCCAACUCGUUGCCAACGUGGACUAUGUUGACACCGAUGGUACCCUCUACGUCACCCUCAUGGACGCAGAAGUGGCGAAGAGCAUUGACCAAAGUAUCAACGCUGACAUUAUCAGCGAGGGUAUGGCCAUGGUGCCUCGCAAGCUGAAGGCCUGGGAGUGUGCCUCACUUGACACCCUGGAGAAGCUGCGUACUCUCGAGGAUGAGGCCAAGGCCGACCGCCGUGGUAUGUGGGAGUACGGCGACCUCACCGAGGAUUAA